AUGGUUUUCUGGAAGUCAUCAGCCAAGGAGGGUGGCGACGAGGACACCCCCAAAAAGUCGCUCUACCAACGCUAUGAAGACAAGAAUAACGGCCGCGACAAGGUCAUUUCAGACGAGGACCUCCUGAAGUACACCGGCAAGACGAGAGAAGAGAUAAACGCGUGGGCUAAAGAUCGACCGGGCGUUGCAGGAAAUCAGGCCGCGGGCACACUUGCUGCCGGCCCUGCAACGGGGUUUGGUGGCAUGGCGACAGCCGAUGGCUUCGGCGGAUGGGGGACUGAUGCGGGGUCGGAACCGAAGUAUCCGCCGCAGCAGAAGACGACUCGGGCGGAAGGUGGUAGUGGUGUCGAGUCGUCAAAGUAA